GAUGAAAACAGAAAAAAACACAAGUGCGGGUAACAGAAAGUAAAGACAGACAGAUUGAACAGACAAUCUAAGAGACAGACAGACAGACAAACAGGUAUCGAGGACAGGUGAGACAGGUGGGAAUGCAUAGAGAACAGAGAGCUGCAGCUAUGACAAGCAGAAAAAUGAAUUUUUUUGAGUUUUGGAGAAACAACAAAGAAAGAGGAGCUUUGCAGAGGAGAACCAACCAGCUGAGACUUUUUCCUUCACAGCUGAGGCAGUUGCUAGGUGACAGCGGAAUUCGGGCGGCCCUGCAUGAUGUGAGGAUGGCGCCUCUGUUGCCCCCUGUUGGUUCAGAGGUCUUCAGACGCUUCACACCAGCGUCGCUGGAGGAGAUCCAGCGACGACAUGAAGUCGAGGAGAAGGAGCAACAAAGGAGGAAGGAGAAGAACAUUGAGAUAGCAGAGGAAAAUCUUCCUAAACCAGCUAGUGACCUAGAGGCUGGGAAACCCCUCCCAUUCAUCUAUGGAGACCCACCCCCUAAGCUUCUCAACACCCCACUGGAGGAGCUGGAUCCCUUCUACCAAUCACAAAAGACAUUCAUUGUGCUUGGUAAAGGAAACAUCAUCUACAGGUUUAACGCUGAGCCAUCCUGUUACCUGCUGAGUCCAUUCAACCCGCUGAGGACUGUCGCCAUCAAGAUCCUCAUUCAUUCUUUAUUCAGUUUGUUCAUCAUGGUGACGAUUCUGACCAACUGUGCUUUUAUGACGAUGAGUGAUCCUCCAGCGUGGAGCAAGACUGUGGAAAAUGACUCAGUACGCUUACCGUCAGCAAGGCAAGGCCACGCUUUGAACAUUCAUUAUGUUGUCAAAAAAAAGUCAGUCUGUGCCUCACCUUUUUGUCUGCAGACACUGCGAGCAGCAGGUAAAACCUACAUGAUCUUCUUUGUGGUCGUCAUCUUUCUUGGCUCGUUCUACCUCAUUAAUCUUAUCCUGGCCGUGGUUGCCAUGGCAUACGCCGAGCAGAAUGAGGCCACCAUCGCUGAGGCAAAACAGAAGGAGGAGGAGUAUGCUCAGAUUCUGGAGGCGCUGAAGAGGAGGGAGGAGGAGCAGGUGGCGUGCAGAGCACUCUCAGACAAACAAAAUUCAGCACAACAGGAGAAGAAUUCAUCCACAGAAAUAAAAAGCGACGAGCAAGAACACACUACCAUGGAAGACUUUGAGGGCGACCAGAGACCAUGUCCUCCCUGUUGGUACCCCUUCUCUGAUAUCUUCCUGAAGUGGAACUGUUGUGGCUGUUGGCGGUGGCUCAAACAAUGUCUCUACACCAUCGUCAUGGACCCAUUUGUUGAUCUCGGGAUCACCAUCUGCAUCGUCCUCAAUACUGUCUUUAUGGCCAUGGAGCAUUAUCCAAUGACAGAGGAGUUUGAGGAGCUUCUGAGCAUCGGAAAUCUGGUCUUCACAGGGAUCUUUACAGCUGAAAUGGUCCUCAAACUGCUGGCCAUGGACCCAUACUUCUACUUCCAGGUGGGUUGGAACAUCUUUGACAGCAUCAUUGUUACCAUGAGUCUGGUGGAGCUGGGAUUGGCUGACGUUCAGGGCUUGUCUGUGCUGCGCUCCUUCCGAUUGAUGCGGGUGUUUAAGCUGGCCAAGUCAUGGCCGACCCUCAACAUGUUGAUAAAGAUCAUUGGGAACUCUGUGGGUGCCCUGGGGAACCUGACCCUUGUCUUGGCGAUCAUUGUCUUUAUCUUUGCCGUGGUCGGGAUGCAGCUCUUUGGAAAAAGCUACAAAGACUGCGUCUGUCGCAUUUCAUUGGACUGCGAGCUUCCUCGCUGGCACAUGUACGACUUCUUCCAUGCCUUCCUCAUAAUCUUCAGGGUCCUGUGUGGGGAGUGGAUCGAGACCAUGUGGGACUGCAUGGAGGUCGCAGGUCAGACCAUGUGUCUGAUUGUCUUCAUGAUGGUGCUGGUCAUUGGAAACCUGGUGGUCCUGAACCUGUUCCUGGCCCUGUUACUGAGCUCAUUCAGCGGUGAUAAUCUUGCAGCUCCAGAAGAUGAAGGAGAAAACAACUUGCAGAUCGCCAUAAACCGGAUCAAUAGGGCUGUGGCCUGGACAAAGACCUGGAUCCUGGAACAUAUCUGGGCUUUAAUAGGAAAGAAGGACCACAUUAAUCCAGACCACACCAGUAGGACCAGACCUUUAACUGCAGUCGACAGUGAGGAAGAUAACAGGAUGACAAAGGAGUUUUUGGCUUUGAACUUAGUGACCUCGGACGAGUCGGUGUCAGAGGUUAAAUCCCUUGGCUGUAACCAUGACAACCUGACCAGCAACUACCACAACAUUGCCCCCCUCAGCGUUCCCAUCGCAGAGGCAGAGUCUGACUUUGAGAUGCCUGACAAUGAUGACGAUGAUGACGAAAAGGAGGAAGAGGAAGAGGAAGAACAGCUCUCCCAAUGUGACGCGUCCUCGGUCUGCAGCACCGUGCAGAAACUUCCUGAAGUUCAGGAGGACGAAGAGGAUGAAGAUCAAAAUGCAAACACACCUGUGGAGUGCUUUACUGACAGUAUGAACACACACACACACACACACAAAGACCUCCCUGCUCUUCCAUCUGCAUACAUGGAAAGGUUGAGACAGGGAGAGCAGCAGCAAAUACCCUCUGAGGUAGUGGUGAACGCCCUGAUUGGAGCGAUCCCGUCGAUCUUUAAUGUGCUGUUGGUGUGUCUAAUCUUCUGGUUGAUCUUCAGCAUUAUGGGAGUGAAUCUGUUUGCAGGAAAGUUUUAUUACUGUUUUAAUGAGACAUCUGAGGAGUAUUUUCCCCCUGAAAUUGUCAACAAUAAGACAGAGUGUUUGGCAUUAAUUAAAGCAAACUUCACUGAGGUCCGCUGGAAGAACAUUAAAGUGAACUAUGACAACGUGGGGAUGGGCUACCUGUCACUGUUACAAGUGGCCACAUUUAAAGGCUGGAUGGACAUCAUGUACGCAGCAGUGGACUCCAGAGAUGUGGAGUCCCAACCGAUCUAUGAAGCCAAUCUGUACAUGUACAUUUACUUUGUCUGCUUCAUCAUCUUCGGCUCCUUCUUCACCCUAAACCUCUUCAUUGGAGUCAUCAUCGAUAACUUCAACCAGCAGAAAGCCAAGAUGGGAGGAACAGAUAUUUUCAUGACGGAAGAGCAGAAGAAAUAUUAUAACGCCAUGAAAAAACUGGGCUCGAAGAAACCUCAGAAACCUGUUCCUCGACCUGAGAAUAAGUUCCAGGGUUUGGUCUUUGACCUGGUGACCCAACAGUUCUUCGACAUCUUCAUCAUGGUGCUGAUCUGCCUCAACAUGGUGACUAUGAUGGUGGAGACGGACGAGCAGAGUGCGGAGAAAGAAAUGAUCCUGUACUGGGUCAACCUCGUUUUCAUCAUCAUCUUCACCACAGAGUGCUCUCUGAAGGUCAUCGCGCUCCGGCAGCAUUAUUUUGCCGUAGGCUGGAACAUCUUCGACUUUGUGGUCGUCAUCCUGUCCAUUGUAGGUCUCCUCCUUGCUGAUAUCAUAGAAAAGUAUUUUGUCUCACCCACGCUUUUCCGAGUAAUCAGACUGGCUCGUAUUGGCCGAGUCCUUCGCCUCAUUCGUGGAGCCAAGGGUAUCCGGACACUGCUGUUUGCCCUGAUGAUGUCACUUCCUGCCCUCUUCAACAUUGGCCUCCUCCUCUUCCUCAUCAUGUUCAUCUUCUCUAUCUUUGGCAUGUCCAACUUUGCCUACGUGAAGAAGGGGGCCAUGAUCGAUGACAUGUUUAACUUUGAGACGUUUGGAAACAGCAUGAUUUGUUUGUUUAUGAUUACCACUUCAGCUGGAUGGGACGGUCUGCUGAGUCCCAUCAUGAACACACCGCCGGACUGUGACCCCGCCAUAGAUAACCCAGGAACGACGGUCAGCGGAAACUGUGGUAAUCCGGCAAUGGGCAUCGUCUUCUUCACCACCUACAUCAUCAUGUGCUUUCUGGUGGUGGUCAACAUGUACAUUGCCAUCAUCCUGGAGAACUUCAAUGUAGCCACAGAAGAGAGCUCUGACCCUCUGUGUGAGGAUGACUUUGAAAUGUUUUAUGAAACCUGGGAGAAGUUUGACCCUGACGCGUCACAGUUUAUACAGUACAGUAAGCUGUCAGAUUUCUGCGACACUCUGAAGGAUCCUCUGAGGAUUCCCAAACCAAACACCAUCAAACUGAUCCACAUGGAUCUUCCUCUGGUUCCUGGAGACAAGAUCCACUGUCUGGACAUCCUGCUUGCACUCACUGCACAGGUUUUGGGUGAUUCAGGAGAGAUGGACACUCUCAAAGCCAGUAUGGAGGAGAAGUUCAUGGCCAACAACCCCUCCAAGGUGUCAUAUGAACCAAUCAGUAGCACUCUACGGAGAAAACAGGAAGAAGUGGCAGCGACAGUGAUCCAAAGAGUGUAUAGGAAACACCUCCUGCAGCGGACAGUCAAACUGGCGUCCUACAAAUACAGAGAGAAGAUGGAGGGACGGCGAGACGAGAAGGCUCCGCCAGAGACAGAGGGACUUCUUUGUAAACGACUCAGUCAGCUGUAUGGAAACAGCGCAGAGACAGAGGAGCCCAUCUCAAGUGAGGAUCCCCCCGCCCGCGUGGAGCUUCAGAGCGAGUUUCUCCUCCACGCUGCUCCUCCUCUCAAUGCCCCAGACUUCCUGCGACACGAGAAUCUGAGGGAGUCUAUUGUCUGAGGAUGUUUCUGCAGUUUUUCCUGUUUUCCUCUGUACUGUGCAAACUCACCUCUGGUGUUUCUUGUUGGAGGAGCAGCUACAGCAUCUGUGGAGACUCCGCAGAGCGACAAAUCGCAGCAGAGACAAGUUCACAGUGAACGCUGCAGACCUUCAACCAUCGAUGACGCUUAAACUGUGUCAGUUGGUUCUGUUCUUCCUGUGGCUUCGCACUUGAAAAUGUCUUGUGCUGAGGUUUUUAAUCUUCUAACAGUUCCCGUCUAACUAUGGUGCCAGUAGAAACUGAAUUUGCAUACCCUGAUUUAUCGUC